AUGGCUUCAGUUACUCGCGUAUUUCACGGCACGUAUAAGCAGCUGUGGGAAAACUAUGCCAUUAUCUCGGCAACCUUUGCGCCAAUGAGGCUGAGUCGUACACAACUCUUCAUUCUCUUCGCCAGACAGAACUGGCAACAGCUCCCACGAGCCCAGCGAAUUGUGGUCGUCAGCCUUGUCCUGAUAUUAAUCUUAGUACCAAAAGAACUUGCCGACUACAAAUACCAUCGGGUUUUCCAGAAGGCAUCGCAGGAGUACCGUGAUCGUCCAUAUUUAUAUGAGACCCACAGCUAUGAAUAUGUUGUCUUUCCAUCCUCGCGCUACGAUGAGAUUAAGCGUCUGCCUCGUACUCAGGCCUCUAAUCUUGCCUAUUUUACAAAAGUCAUGUUUUCGGGGUGGAAGUUCCUAGGAAACGACACGAGCGCCAUCCACAAGAGCAUCGGCACCGAUCUAUCGCGCUCUCUGCCCGUUCGGGUCCAAAGUCGGCAGGCGGAAACUGCUCGGGCCGUACGCGGCUCGCUUGGCUCGUUUUCCCCAUCGGACGACGGCACCGGAUCCAGCCAGUGGAAGGCCAUCCCGCUGUACUGGACCGCACUGAAUAUAACUGUCGCAACCAACGCGCAGAGUCUUGUCGGUCCUGAGCUCGGCGCUGAUGGCCGAUGGCUGACCGCCGCCAAGAUGUUCCCUUUUGCAGUUGGCAUUGGGGCAGUGAUAUCGCACCCGUUCCCAAGGUGGACAGUGAGGCCCUUUGUGGCACUCUUUGCAUAUUUGCCUGCCUGGCUACUCUAUGGAUACAUGCUACACCUUCUCAAGCCGCUCGCCAAUCGGGCUGUCGAAAGUUUCCUUGCAGCAGCCAGCAACAGCGAAACAGAACGUCGUCGUCUCCUUCAGGCUACGGCGGACAAGCCCUUCCCCAUCGGCCCCUGGCUUUUGAACCGCUACCGUCCCGAGGAGCGUGUCGUCUCCAGCAUCAGCCACGAUCUUAUUGUGCUCACCUUCGAGGCGAUCCCGGCAAUUUCCACCGCAUUUAGCGAGCAGCUCCUCGAACUCGCGCAACGUCCAGAUCUCGUCGAGGAGCUACGCGAGGAGAUCUCAAUGGUGAUGGACGCCAAUGGAAACCUGCCACAGACUCAUCUCUACGAGCUUGCAAAACUGGACUCCUUCAUGCGCGAGCUUUCACGCUGGGCCCCCAACACCUCUUUGACCCUGCUCCGCACCCUCCUGCAGCCCACUCAACUGUCCAUGGGGCCCCCUCUUCCUCAGGGCACCAUUAUUGCCGUCGACGCUUUCGACAUACACAGCUCGCCGCUCCGCUGGUCCGACCCCGCCCAAUUCGACCCCGAACGCUUUUUGAAGCUUCGCCAGAUCCCGGGAAACGAGACGCGGUACCUCUACAGCGCCACGGGAUCCGAUUCACCCACGUGGGGCGACGGAACUCAAGCUUGCCCGGGACGCGUCUUGGCCGCAAACACCCUCAAGCUCAUGUUGAGCUACGUGCUUAUGAACUACGACUUGAGGAUGGUGCCUGGCGAGAAGAGGCCGGGGCGCAAAAGCAUGCCCAAUGGGCUAUUUGCCCCGAACAUGCUUACUAAGAUUGAGUUGAGGGAAAGGGCGCGAGGGCUGCGUCAUCACCAUCUGACAGCGUACGAGAUGGAAAAAGGUCGCAAGCCCAUCAACUUUACCACCGACCCGCUUGAUCAUCCUCUGAACCCCAAGAUCCUGCCGCUGAACAGCACGGGUGGUGAGCAGUACGAGUUCGAUGGCGUGUCGGGUGAUGGCACCAUGGCGUUUUGUUUUGGCUUCUACCGGGAUCCAAACUACGCCAUCUUGGGCACGGGAAACCUGCGCACCUCGGUUGAGAUUGCGCAUGCCAACGGGACGCGCUUCAUGAGGGUCGACUACCCCACCGAGUCGAUCGUGCAAUCAUGCGCCUGGGGCACGCGAGGGGUUUGGAAAACGACCAAGUACAACUAUACUUUUGAGGUGACCAAGGACAUGAAGGUCGCACGCAUUGGCGUGUCUACCGAUGAUCUCAGGGGCAAUGUGCUCUUCGAGUCUCGCAUGCCGGCACGGAAUCCUGACGGGUCGACAUAUCCCAACGACAAAGCCAAGACGGAAGUGGUGCCCUACUUCCACUGGGUCGAGCCGAUCCCUGUCGCCACCACCUCGGUUGCUCUCUUGGUCAACAACGAGCCCUACACGUUCUCCGGCAUCGGCGGCCACGAGCGGCUCUGGACAGCCUUUAGCUGGUUUACCUGUUUGCGCAACAUGUCCGCCAUUCGCAUCUCGGCCGGCCCGUACGACCUGACCCACGUGGCUUUCGACUCGGCCAUGACGGAUCUUUACGCGCCCUCGGCUCUACUUACCGAGAACGGCGUGCCCAUCUUCACCGCAACGCGAUCUACCCCGUCCGAGACGGAGAACUUUGUCCUGCUGACCAAGACUUACGGGGGUCGCGUGGCGGGGAGCCUCAAGGACAAGGCGACGGGAUUCGAGGUUGUGCUGGUGUCGCCCGAGACGAAGCGCCAGUGGAGCUUUAUAGUCACGAACAAAAACGUGGGGUUCGAAUACAUGCUCGGUGACGGCGCUGGUGGGACUGGCUUCUCGGGCCAGGCCGUCGGAGGAGCCAUCGGCAUGAAGCAGUUUACGGGGCCGGCGUUUGUCGAAAUUCUGACUUUCCCCAAGAGUUCAUUUUUGUUCAAGCCCAACUAUAUGGCGAUUAAACAAUUUUUCAAGAGCUUUGGUCGGCAUAAUGGCCUCGUUGAGCAAGUUUUCAUUGUCAAGCAAACGAUAUCAGGUAUGCGUCUUUCAAAAUGGCAGCUCACCAAGCUCGUGCUGGCCCAAGGGUGGCGCGACCUGAGGCCGACAGCGCGGGUACUUGUUAUCCUCGCCAUCGUCAUCACGACAGCCUUUAUCUGUGAUCGCUAUUUACGACCAAAAUCUCUGGCCCGACGCCUUGGCAUACCAGUUCUCAAGGACAGGAAAUCCACCCUGGUGGAGAAGCUGGAUUUGGCGGUGACAAAGUACACUGACAGCCCCUUCCUCAUCGAGGCAUAUGGAACAGAAUACGUUGUUUUCCCCUCUCGCUUCUUCAACGAGAUCAAACGUAUUGCGGAUACUCAUGCAUCGGCACUGGAAUUUUUCCGCGGUGCAUACUGGGGCAAAUGGUCUGGCUUUCCUCAGCACACCCCGGAAUUGAUGAAAACCAUCAUUACCGAUGUCACGAGGGCAAUUCCGUCGCUCGUGCGAUGGCGCCAGAAGGACUGCGCAGCAGCAUGCGAUGCAGUCUUGGGCCGCCCGGAUACAUGGAAGGAUAUCACCAUCUUCCACACGACGCAGGACAUAGUUGUGUCUACCAAUUCUAGCGCCUUCGUCGGUCGGGAACUGGGUAACAGCAAAUCCUGGAAUCGUAUCAUUUCGGCCUUGCCGCUGGCGGUCGCCAUCCCGACCGUUAUCUUAGCCUACACUCCGGCGCUUCUUCGUCCAUUUCUUUUACCUUUUGUGUUUAUACCGACUAAUCUGAUGUGGUGGCGCAUCAGACGGUCUCUGCUGCCCAUCCUUGAGGCUGAUCUGGCUCAACUUGAUGGGGAAGGAAGUCAGCAGGUGACGCGGGAGAAGCUGUCAUUGACCGCCUGGCUAACAAACCGGUAUCGCGCGUCCAAAGAUCACGCGACUGCAGCGAUGGCAUUGGACAAACGCAAGCUGCUCAAUCAGCUGGUUGUGGACUAUGCCAACAUCUCAUUCGAGUCCACGCCAUCAACAGCGGGAACAUUGUUUUUCAUCCUUGCCGAGCUGGCCGCUGACCCGGCCUCGGCCGAUGAGCUGCGGGAAGAAAUCAAGGCAUUUGCUCCAGAUGGGCAGCUGCCCUUGACGCACCUGCAUGAGCUGAAGAAGAUGGACAGCUACAUGCGUGAAUCGGCAAGGGUCCAUCCGUUCAACGACUUAACCCUCUUCCGAAAGCUGCUCAAGCCUCUGCAGCUCUCGGUCGGUCCUCUCCUCCCCAAGGGCGCCACCAUCUGCGUCGACGCCCGCCACAUUAACCUCGACGAGGAGCUCUGGCCAGACCCUCACAAGUUUGACGGUUUACGACAUUAUCGAGCUCGUAAGAGCGAGGGAAACGAACAAAAGUUCAAAUUCCCCAAUCUCGGCGCGGACGCCCCUGGAUGGGGUGACGGCCUACAAGCGUGUCCGGGCCGGCUGUUUGCCGACAACACGCUCAAAAUCAUUCUUACCCACCUGCUUCUCAAUUACGAGUUUAAGCUGAGACCAGGUGACACCAAGCCCAAGAGGGGAUCCAUGCCUAACGGGUCUAUGUUUCCGGAGAUGAAGGCCCGCAUCUUGAUCCGGGCAAGGCCUGACAGAGCUUGA